AACACUUCUCCACUCAAUCUCCGGCUAGACUAUGGACGACACUGAGGAGAUCGUCAUCAUCGGCGCUGGCCUCGCAGGCCUCGCCGCCGCCGUCGGGCUUCACCGGAAGGGGCUCCGCAGCCUCGUCCUCGAGUCCUCCGACACUCUGCGGGCCGCCGGCUUCGUCCUCAACGUAUGGACAAACGCCUGGCGAGCUCUAGAUUCCCUCGGCGUCGGUGACUCCCUCCGCCGCCGCCACCUCCGCCUGCAAACAGCGGUUGUUUCCUCUGCUUCCUCUGCUUCGCUCGUCACGAAACUACCGGCCAAGGAACAUGAAUUGCGCUGCGUGAGGAGGAACCUCCUCGUGGAAGCUCUCGCCGGGGAGCUUCCCCACGGCACCAUAAGGUACUCAUCCAAGGUCGUCUCCAUAGAAGAUUCCGGCGAGUUGAAGCUCCUCCAUUUGGCCAACGGAUCCACGCUCAAGGCUAAGGUGGUCAUCGGCUGCGACGGCAUCAACUCGAUCGUCUCCAAAUGGCUGGGCCUAAAGCCACCGACUUUCUCCGGCCGGCACUCCGCCCGUGGCUUCACCGUCCUCCCCGACGGCCACGGAAUGAAGCCGGAGUUCACGCAGUACAACGGAGAAGGAUUCAGAGCAGGGGUGGUGCCCUACGACGAGAAGAGCGUCUACUGGUUCUUCACUUGGGCUUCCAACGGAGAGAAAGAGACGAUCCACGACGCCAUGAUGGUGAAAGAGUUUGUGCUCGGAAAGGUGAAAACCUCUGAAAUACCAGAACAAGUCGUCGAAAUCAUAGAAAAGAGCGAGCUGAGCAGUGUGGCAUCCGCCCCAUUAAGAUACAGAUCGCCAUUAAACUUGCUGAGCGGAAACAUCUGCAAGGGAAACACCUGCGUGGCAGGCGAUGCGUUCCACCCCAUGACUCCUGACCUCGGGCAAGGAGGCUGCUCGGCCUUGGAAGAUGGAGUCGUGCUGGCCAGGUGCUUGGCGGAAGCUCUCUGUGGAGGUGGAGUAGGAAAUGGUGAGGAGGAGCAAAAUCGUAGGGUUGAGGUAGCGCUGAAGGAGUACGAGAAGGCUCGGAAAUGGAGAGCCUUCACACUUGUUGUUGGUUCAUUUGCGUUGGGAUUUGUUCAAGAAAGCGGCAACUGGUUUUUGCGUCUGGUGAGGGAGAGAAUUUUGGCGGGUUUCAUGGCUGAGAGUCGGUUCAUCGCAGCAAAUUUCGAUUGCGGCAAAUUGUAAGAUCAGUGUGCCUUGUGCUGUUAUAUACUGAGGGAUUCACGAGCAUUCGAUUCGGAGUACGAGCGUCUAUAGUAAUGGAUGGCCUCUAGAAGACAAUUGUCUUCGGAUUUGUCCUGUGGGCAAAUCUGAGAAGAAUCAUCGGAUUUGUCCUGUGGGCAAAUCUGAGAAGAAUCAUCCACUUUCAGUAAGGGUCUGUAAGGAUUUAGACAGUCCUUUUGGGGCGGUGCGAUGAUUAAAAUAUGGAAUGUUGUCACAUAAAGUUUUGGGGUCGAAA